GCCGGCUGAAACAGCCUCUCCCUAGGAAACCGUCCCUGUCGAUCCGGCAUAUACGAGAUGGAAAGCUACGGCGGCGGUGGAUACUUUGUGGACGAGAAAGCCGUCCGCGUCGAAAACAUUUUCCUAGAAUUUCUCAAGAGUUUUAGGGCAGAAGGAAAUGCUCGGGAGCCGUUCUACGAGGCGGAGAUCGAAGCGAUGAGGCCGAAUGAGUCGAAUACAAUGUUUAUUGACUUCUCUCACGUCAUGCGCUUCAAUGAAGUUCUUCAAAAGGCCAUUUCUGAUGAAUUCUUAAGGUUCGAGCCUUACUUGAAGAAUGCAUGCAAGAGGUUUGUUAUGGAACAGAAGCCUACCUUCAUAACUGAUGAUAAUCCUAACAAGGACAUCAAUGUGGCCUUCUAUAAUCUUCCCUUGGUUAAAAGAUUGAGGGAAUUGACAACAUCAGAAGUAGGGAAGCUGGUUUCAGUGACUGGAGUAGUGACGCGGACCAGUGAGGUCCGGCCAGAGCUUUUACAGGGCACUUUUAAGUGCUUAGAUUGCGGAAAUGUUGUCAAGAAUGUUGAACAGCAAUUUAAAUAUACCGAGCCUAUUAUCUGUGUGAAUGCAACAUGCCAAAACAGAACAAAGUGGGCAUUGCUAAGGCAAGAUAGCAAAUUUGCGGAUUGGCAGAGGGUCCGCAUGCAGGAAACCUCUAAAGAGAUACCUGCAGGUUCCCUUCCAAGAUCCCUUGAUAUCAUUUUACGUCAUGAUAUUGUUGAACAAGCUAGGGCUGGUGACACGGUUGUUUUUACUGGCACUGUUGUUGUCAUACCUGACGUACUUGCACUAGCCUCUCCAGGGGAGAGAUCCGAGUGCAGGAGAGAAGCACCUCAGCGCAAGGGUGUCACUGCUGGUCAGGAAGGCGUUAGGGGUCUUCGUGCAUUGGGUGUAAGAGACCUGUCCUAUCGCCUUGCCUUCAUAGCCAAUUCUGUACAGAUAUGUGAUGGAAGAAGGGACAGUGACAUCAGAAAUAGGAGGGACAAUGAUGAAGAUGAUUAUCAGCAGUUUAUGACAGAAGAGCUAGAUGAGAUCCAAACAAUGAGGAACACUCCUGACUUCUUUAAUAAGCUUGUGGACAGCAUUGCACCAACUGUUUUUGGUCACCAAGAUAUCAAACGAGCCAUCCUCCUUAUGCUUUUGGGUGGUGUACACAAGUUAACCCAUGAAGGGAUCAACCUCAGAGGAGACAUCAAUGUUUGUAUAGUUGGGGAUCCCAGCUGUGCAAAAUCUCAGUUCCUCAAGUAUACUUCAAGUCUAGUUCCAAGAUCAGUCUAUACAUCUGGGAAAUCCUCAUCAGCUGCUGGAUUGACUGCAACAGUGGCCAAAGAACCCGAGACUGGUGAAUUUUGCAUUGAGGCCGGUGCACUGAUGCUGGCUGAUAAUGGCAUCUGUUGCAUUGAUGAAUUUGACAAGAUGGAUAUAAGAGAUCAGGUUGCCAUCCAUGAAGCAAUGGAGCAACAGACUAUAAGCAUAACAAAAGCUGGGAUACAAGCAACCUUGAAUGCUCGAACAUCAAUAUUAGCUGCAGCCAACCCCAAUGGUGGGCGGUAUGACAAAUCUAAACCUCUAAAGUAUAAUGUGGCUCUUCCUCCUGCUAUUCUCUCAAGAUUUGAUUUGGUAUAUGUUAUGAUCGAUGAUCCAGAUGAUCAAACAGAUUACCACAUUGCCCAUCAUAUUGUCAGAGUUCAUCAAAAGCGGGAAGAUGCCCUGUCUCCUGCAUUUACAACUGCCCAACUGAAACGCUACAUUGCAUAUGCAAAGACUCUGAAACCAAAGCUGAGUGCUGAAGCUAGGCAGCUUUUGGUGGAAUCUUAUGUUUCUCUGCGUAGAGGUGAUACUGCUCCUGGAAGUAGAGUCGCUUAUCGCAUGACAGUGAGGCAGCUUGAGGCACUGAUCAGGCUUUCCGAGGCAAUUGCUAGGAGUCAUUUGGACACUCAGGUGCAACCGCGCCAUGUACGCAUCGCUGUGAGGCUGCUAAAAACAUCAGUAAUCAGUGUGGAGUCAAGUGAGAUUGACCUGUCUGAGUUCCAAGAAGAAAAUCGUGAUGAUGCUGAUGGUGGAGAUCAUGGAGAUGGUGGUACUGGCCAAGAAGAAGCCCAUGCCGACGGUGCCUCAAUUGAGCCAGGUCAAGGUAACGCAGAAAGUGGAGCAGGGGCAGGAAAUAGGCAAGGAAAGAAACUCGUCAUGACUGACGAGUAUUUUCAAAGGGUUACUCGUGCCCUUAUCGUUCGUCUCAGGCAGCAUGAAGAGACUGUAUUACAAGAAGGUACUGGUUUGGCUGGAAUGAGGCAGAGGGAUUUGAUACAGUGGUAUGUAGGACAGCAGAACGAGAAAAAUAGUUACAGCUCUAUGGAAGAGGCAGCUGCUGAAGUUACAAAACUCAAAGCAAUUAUAGAGAGUCUGAUUCGACGGGAAGGACAUUUGAUAGUGGUGGAUGAUGGUACACAAGCAGCAGGAGAGGGUGAAGGGCGGUCAGCACCAGUAUCAAGAAACGACAGAAUUUUGGCAGUGGCACCUAAUUAUGUUAUAGAUUGAUAGGAGGCAUUUUGCCGGCGUGUCAAGUUGGACUAGUGCAACCCGGACCAUUAACUCUCGAGCUGCCUGCGCCAAGAUUGUGUUUAUGGUAUGACUCUCUCGCAAAGGAUUUGACCUCCCAACCUCCUAACCUCAUUGAGGUGCUUGUAAACCAUUAAAAAGGUUGGAAAAAGAGGAUGGAUCGGGAUUGGUUAGGAGUUGUCAAAAUUAGUUUUUAUUGUAUGCCAUUUUUAUUAGUAGGCUGAGACAUUUUUCAUUUAAUCAGAGUAAAGAGUUUGCAAGAAGCAGCAAUGUCACUUUAUGUAGAAAACAAACUUCAAUUUUUUUUUUUCUAGGUUCAGGAAGAAAAGUUUGUUUUUACAUUAGGAUACCCUUUGUUUUCUCUACAUUUUUAUUUUUAUUGGAUGAUCAUGUACUACUUCAUACUCAACUCUCCGAUACUCUGCCUUUCAAUCCAACUGUUCUGUUGAUUA